CUUUACUAUAAAAAGCGCAUGAGCUCUAGACUUGUUUUCUGCAUGCCCCAGGAGAUAAAACUACAAACCAAAUAUAUUUUCUUGAGGGGUAAAAUUGAGUGUGUAUAGUUAAUCUUACACAGUAAUGUACUUUCAUAUUUUCCGAUUACUUCAUUUGAUUCCCGUCGCAAUAUAUAUCUUCCACGGUUCGUGUUAUUCUGAUGAAGUCUCCUCUACCAUCCAUUAAAAUUAUAAUUUUUAGUUUUAUGAAAGAUGCAACAUUAGCACCAAAGUUAUCUCAAUUCGACUAUAUCAUUAUCGGAGGAGGAACCGCGGGAUGUGCACUAGCCGCAACGCUCUCUCGAAACGCUACCGUUUUAGUUCUCGAACGUGGUGGGUCUCCUUACGACAACCCGUCGGCCACAGACAUCGGAAACUUCGCCAACACACUCUUGAACUCAACUCCAAACUCGUGGUCGCAGCUUUUCAUCUCGGAAGACGGUGUUUUCAACUCUCGCGCGCGCGUGCUUGGCGGAGGCACGGUCCUUAACGCGGGAUUCUACUCGCGUGCCGAAGAUAGUUUCGUGGAGGAAACCGGUUGGGAUAGAAAUGAGGUCGAAGCGGCAUACGAGUGGGUCGAGAGGAAAGUGGCGUUCGAACCGCAGGUUAAGGGAUGGCAAUCGGCGUUUAGAGACGGGCUUUUGGAAGCUGGAGUGACUCCGUACAAUGGUUUCACGUACGGCCAUGUUUACGGGACGAAGAUAGGCGGGACGAUAUUUGAUCGGGAUGGUCAUAGACACACGGCGGCGAAUUUGUUGGAGUAUGCAAAUGCAAAUACGAUUGUUGUCUACUUGCACGCUUCUGUCCAUAAAAUCCUCUUCACCACCAAAGGAAGUCCAAGGCCCAAAGCAUAUGGGGUGAUAUUUCGAGAUGCAAAUGGAGUGUUCCACACAGCUGAACUAGCGACACAGAGCAACACACUGAAUGAGGUAAUUUUAUCGGCGGGUGCCAUCGCAAGUCCGCAGCUAUUGAUGCUGAGUGGUGUGGGCCCACUGGCCCAUCUUACAGCCCAUGCGAUAAAUCCAAUAAUACUAGAUCAUCCCAUGGUGGGACAAGGAAUGGGUGAUAACCCCAUGAACCCUGUCUUUAUCCCAUCUCCUGAAUCGGUAGAGGUAUCCCUUGUCCAAGCCGUUGGCAUCCCCAAAUUUGGUAGUUACAUUGAAGGUGGAAGUGCCUUAAGUGUCUCUAUUAGUUUGACCCGUGCGUUUUUACAUGGCGUUUUAGAUCUUCUCGAUAAGGAAAAACUCCCCACUGAAUCAAUCUCAAAGUUUUUGAAAUCUUUGGAUCUUCAACUAAACGUGACGACAAAAGCGGGUGUGAUUAUUCAGAAAGUGUCUGGACCUCUCUCGAGAGGUCAUUUGAAGCUGCGGAACACGAAUCCAGACGAUAACCCUUCAGUGACAUUCAAUUACUACCAAGACCCAAAGGAUUUGAAUAACUGUAUUGAAGGACUUAGUGCUAUAGUUAAAGUGAUAGAUUCAAAGGGAUACUCCAAGUACAAGUACCCUGGAGUGAACGGGCGUGGACUUUUGAAUCUCAUUCUUGCGCUUCCUAUCAAUUUGAGGCCAAGGCACAUCACUUCGACGUUCGAUUUGAAGCAGUAUUGUAUAGAUACGACGAUGACUAUUUAUCACUACCAUGGAGGUUGUCAAGUCGGAAAAGUGGUCGACAAUGAUUACAAGCUAUUAGGGAUCGAUGCUUUAAGGGUAAUCGAUGCAUCCACGUUUCUUAAGUCUCCGGGGACUAAUCCUCAAGCCACAAUCAUGAUGCUCGGAAGGUACAUGGGACAGACGAUUGUUAGAGAAAGGGAGGCUUCCCAAGGAAAACAAGAAAGAACAUGAGAUUUUAAGCAUUCUCAAAAAUCUGAAAGAUUCACAAAAAUCCUCUUCACCGUCCAAAGAAAAGAAAUUUCGAAGGCAGUAUUACAUAUUACAUCUUUCUUCUGUACAUAAUGUUAAUUAAGUUUAAACAGAAAAUCUGUGAAGUUAUUUUUUCCAUGAACAAAAGUGAUUGUUGAUAAUGUUGUGAAUUUUUUUAUUACAUUUACAACAUGACGAGAAAAUGAAUAGAUGUAGUGUAUUCGUAUCACACGUUUCAUUCGUGAAUCUUGAAAGUGG